AUGAAUAUCUGUGAAUCAUGUUCAAAAGAGUUCAACGAUGGAGCGCAAUGCUACGUUUGUAAAAAGCGCUACGACUUUGGUUGUGCUGCGGCAGCGCGCGCGUGCAAAACUCUAGAGGCGAAGGAUGUUGGAUUUGGAGGCAAUCGUCAGCGCGUCUUCGUAAAUGAUCAUUUGACUCCAGAGCACAAAAAACUUCUUACCAAAACAAGGACCUUAGCAAAAGACCGAGGUUAUUCUUAUAUCUGGGUCAAAUACGGAAAAAUUCAUAUACGUAAAAAUGAUACUUCGCCGGUUUUAAUUAUUGCAAAAGAGGCUGAUUUAAACAAAAUAGCUUAA